AAAACCCCUCAGUUUCUCUACACGGCCACCGUCGUCUCCAAAUUCGAACGCAAUAAUGGAGGAAAGUUUCAGAGUAAGGAUCGACAAGGUAUUUGGAUCUCUCUCAUCCUCAACCGACGCCUCUUCUUCAUCAGCUCUCAACUCUCUAUGGUGUCUCACGGACGAGGAGAUCGAUAGAAGCGACCGGUGCGGAGAGAAAGUGGCCUCUGACUCUGAGCCCCAACCCAGCUUUCCCGAGAAUGAUCCAGAAGAUUUGACCGUCGAUGAAGACGAAGGAAGGUCCACUGUAUCGCAGAAGCCGGAUGAUUACAACGACGAGGAGUGGGAGAUCAAAUCCUCAAUCGGGAUGGACACUACUCUUGACAUGGAGGAAGAGGAAGAUGAGAAUGACAAAGUCGCUGUAGGUGAGGAGGAGUCGUGCGUUUACACGAAGGAUGUUAACGACUAUGAGACGGAAGCAGAUGACUGGGAGGAGCUUCCGUCUUCUUUCAACGAAAGAGAGAAGGAUCCUCGUGCUAAUUACAUCGCGGCGGAGAUUAGGCUUAAAGAAGACGCUGAUGCUGUUAACAAGUUGAACUCUUUGCACGUCUCUGAGGGACAUCAGGAUAACGUGUCGGGAAAGGAGGAAGCUUUGGUGGUUUCUGAGGAGGCAUAUGUUGGCACUUCAGAUGAUAAUGGGCUGAAACCGAUACUGAAGAGGAAAGAAAGCCAAGCUGACUCUAAGUUGCAGAAGCGGGUUCGGUUUAGUUCUGAUACCAGAGAUGACAACUCGACUGGAGAUGACGAAGAUUCUGCGAUGGAGACAAGUUCCCCUGAGGAGAGAGUAGUGCAGCGAGUCAAUCCAUCUGGAGUUCCAGAUUAUGUUCAGAACCCAUCAAAGUACACACGAUACACGUUUGAUGAAGGCGAGGUCGAUGAAGAGUCCAACAGGAAAGCGUACAUGGAGUUUCUCAACAUGAUCAGGAGCCGAGAUGAGCCUCUUGAAGACCCUCUGGUUGAGCUUCCAACGUCAGUGGCUUUUGUACCAAAGAGGAAACCAACGGGUGAGAGCAAAGUAGGGAAUACAGACAAGGGUUGUGAGGGAAGAAGAGGUGCAAUAGCUAUUGUAGAUGCCGUAGAAGACAGCACCGUUUCUGCCAUGGAAGAAGAUGAACCGGAAACAGGUGUAACUGUGGUAAGAAGACCCGGUCGUCAGUAUAGGGCUAGAGCCAAGGAAGAUGAAGAGGAAUGAAUGUUAAGAGUAUCAUCAAACUCGCCUUGCCUGUUUGGCGUGUUGUCUUUUUAUUACUUGAAUUUAGCAGUCUGGAUGAUAGAGCUCAAACUUACUGGGGACUUCAAUGAUGCUUCUACUUUCAAUAAAUAUUCAGUUGUGUGGAUAAAA